UAAGUCACACUAAAAGCAACUUGGCCGCCGGUCAAAAAUAUGCAAAAUAUUAACACCAUAAGUUCGUCAGAAACAUAACAAUUAUAAUGAGCAAACAAUUUGAAGAUCACUAUGGGACCCUUGGAAUCGAUCAAAAGGCAACAAAUGGACAAAUCAGAACUGCCUUUAUUAGCCUUAUGAGGAUAUGGCAUCCAGACAAGAACCCACGGCAAACAGACCGUGGACUUGAGUAUUGUAAGUCGAUAAAUAGAGCAUACAAAGUACUUUCGGAUCCAGAUUUGCGCAGAGACUAUGAUCGAAUCUAUAAUGCCCAUAAUAAUCAAAAGAAAAGCCAAGGAGGCCAGUCACAAGGUCAAGGGAAAAACAGCAGCCACCAUCAACAGGAGAAUGCGAAAUCUAGUAAUGAUAGUGGAUAUAAACAGAACAAUAAAUAUCAUAGGAAUACCGGCAAUAAAGAAGAUAAAACAUACAAUCAAAGCAAGACCAACUCAAACGGACCUCAUCAACACAGCCAUCAAGAUCGAAACAACUACGAAAAUCAAAGAGGCUACCAAAAUCAAAAUAAUGGAUACAGUAGUUGGCAUGAGCAGCGGAACAACCAUGAUUGGAGUAACCACAAUGCCCAAUAUGAAAACUUUGAAAGAAAUCGAAGCGGCGCAGACAACACCAACUUAUAUGAUAUACUCGGCUUAAGAAAGAAUGCUCAAAAGCAGGAUAUCGAAAGUGCAUUUCGCAAAUUGGCAUUAAAAUACGGGGAUAGUGAAAACCCUGCGAUCAAGCGACAAUUCCAAAAAAUUCUUGGGGCAUAUUUAGUUUUAAGUGAUCCAGUCUUGCGUGCCAACUAUGAUAGGGAGAACAAUAACAAUAACAACAACAACAACAACAACAACAACAACAACAACAAUAACAAUAAUUAGAGCAACAACAACAACAGCAACAAUUGUAACGCAAACAAAUACAUUGCGCCAGCAGCAGCGGCCAUGCCAAAGAUGUGUCCCAGCAGCACAAACAACAACCAAACCAAGGAAUAUAAUGAAAUAUGUAAAAAGGCUCAAGCUGGCCACAAGAUUAUGAUAAUUAUGCGCGGUCCGCCGGGCAGCGGCAAGUCCACAAUGGCCAAAACACUGCUACAACAAAUUCAUUUGCUGGAACAGCAUUCGAUUACGGAUUUUGUGCACAGCAGCGACGAUUACUUUCUCACGACGCGUGGAUACCAAUUUAAUCCGAAUCUGUUGCCAGAAGCUCACGACUGGAAUAAACAACGGGUAAAGCGCAAAGCCGCCGCUGGCUGGAGUCCCAUCAUUGUGGACAACACGAAUAUAAUGGUAUGGGAGAUGCAGCCCUAUGUACAGAUUGCCGUGCAGCAUGGUUACCUUUUGGAGCUGCUUGAGCCCCAAACGAGCUGGCGCAAUUCAGCCACAGAGCUGGCCAAACGGAAUGUCCAUCAGGUGCCAAAGGACAAUAUAAAGCGCAUGCUGGAUCGCUACGAGAAGACCAGCGUUGCCGAGCUAAUUGGGUUGCUUAAAGAAACAAAGUACACGGUGUCCUUGCCGCAGCUGCGUUCAAAGCCGCCUUUGCCAGCGUUGCCGGCACCUGCCACACCUGCGCUGCAAUCGGACAGCUCCAGUGCGCUGUCAAAUUCCCAAUCGGAUGGAUUUAAGCUGAAUGUGAAUGCUCAAACGUGGAUGCCGUAUGAGCAAAAUGUGAACAGCUACUGGGCGCAGACGAACGACCAGCCGAUGCCAGCAACAGUUGCCAGCGUUGCGGCAACAGGUGAAAGUUCGUUGUUAGAUUUGUUGCGAGAUGAGCAACCAACCGAAACGACAAAUCCAACUGGUGCCACGUCAUCAUCAACAGAUACCAGCAACAAGGCCUUGCAGCGUCACAGCUUAAACUGCCCGAACGAGGCGGCUGGCUUUGUGGCACUCCGUCAAAUAUAUCCGAACAAGCAGUUGGUAGGCCUCUGGGAUUUGUAUGUGAAGUGCAACGGUGAUGUGGAUUGGGCAGUCGAUAUAUUAAUCAAAGAGGAUGAGCUCACAGCAGACGCCGCCGACUAUGCUGAGGAAGCGUUGCUCCUGGAAAGCGAAGAAUUUCGAUGCGAUUGCAGCAAUAGCAGCAACAAGUUGCAAUUGCAAACAUCAGCUGUGCCGGCUGCUCCACCCACACCAGUUGUUCACAAAAGCCAAGCUAAGCCACAGCGUCAGCCGCGUACUAGACGCAACGCUGGCCUUGGUUACGCGAACCGGGAACUGCAGCUACAGAUUGAGAACAGUUUUGUUUUGGGCGAUGACCAGUACUCGGAGCAUACGCGCAAAAUACGCGACAUACGCAAUGGUUGUUUAGAUCAACCGCUGCCCCCAGUUGAGCCGGCACCAAUGGCUGCUACUGACGAGGACGAUGAUGAUUCGGAGGAUAAUGCACUACUCGAAAUGGAUCUGGGUGAAAAUUUUAUUGAACAACUCCGCAGCAACUUUCAGUGGGAGGGUGAAUUGCUGCCCGUAGAUCCAGAGGCGUUGCCCACAAAAGUGUUUGUGCCGUACAGUCUGGCCAAGCAAUUGUACAUGCUUUGGAUGGAAGCGGUGCACAAUCAAGUUGAAGAACAGCGUCAGCAAACGCUGCGCGAUGAUGAGCAAUUCGCACGCCUGCUCAAGCAUCCCAAAUACGCUGAGUGCAGCGAAUCGCCCGGCAACGUAAACGAGCUGCUCGAUAUGGAGCUGGCCUGGAGCAUCUACAACAGUGAACAACAGGCGGCCAAGCAGGCAACCCAAUACAAGCCCAAUGAUAUUGCUACGCAUUUGACUAAAAUGAAGCUGUGCGAGAAAUUUCCCGAAAUUCCCAGCGAUACCGUGCUGCAGGUCUUUGAAGCUACUGACAACAAUUAUGUGAAGACCGUUGAGGUGCUGGACAGCAAUGUGCAGAGCGAUUUAACCAGCGCCGAGCUUUACGAACAGGCGCAGCGCGAAAACGAAAAGGUAAGUGGUGCUUAACUCGUUAUAGUAAUUCGAUAUUUGAUCAUAAUUUCUCAUCAAUAUACAUCUUCAUAACAGCUUAAUCAACAAGAGCAACAGCAACAGCCUCCACCUAAGGCGCCCAGUCCACGUUCCGUAGGAAACGUCAAGUUGCAAUCGCCACAAUUGCACGAGGAGGCGAAAUGUGCAGCAUUGCGAGACUUUGAGGAGACACGUAAUCUGGCCGCCCAUCAUGCCCAAUUGAGAGCCGAGUGCAAUUUGAAAGCCAAGCAGGCGAUACAGCAGGGCAAUGGUAGCGUGGCGCUGUACUAUUCGGAGAUUGCGCAGCUGCAUAAGAAAAAGAUCGAUGUAUUUAAUCAUCGUGCGGCCAACUGCAUCAUGGAAGUACACAAGCACACGCAAAACAAUCCGGAUUUGCUAGAUCUACACUAUUUGCAUACCAUAGAGGCGGUUAGCAGUCUCGACUUGUUCCUGGAUCGCCACAUAAGUGUGCUGCGCAAUAGCACGCGAGUGUAUAAGCAUGUUUUUAUCAUUACGGGUCGGGGACUACAUAGCGCAAAUGGUGUUUCGACCAUCAAGAAAAAUGUAAAGGCUCGUCUACAGGAGCGACGUUUGCGCUGGCAAGAGGUUAAUCCGGGUCUGCUUCGUGUCAAAGUUUUUUCAGCGUCGCGUCACUCCAAAAACUUUUGACUAUUUGCAUUGAGCGUCAAUAUAUGAAGCUGUAUAACUUUCAGCAACAUUGGAUACACUAUUCAUUUAAAGCCAUCAUAUUUAGCGCUACCUCAUUUUAAUAUUUUUUGUAUAAGAUUUCUUACAAAAUUAACAGUCUAUCGAUAUUUACAUUCGUAUUAUUUUGUGUGUUCAUCAAGACAUUCCCCACACUUUUUAAUAAGCACCUCUUAUUCAUUAUUACAACUAUUUUCUAUUUGCUUUUAAGUAUGUUUAACAAUUAAGUUUUUCAAAAUGUAUUUACAUAUAUGCGUAUGUAUAUAUUUAUCUUCAUUUCGUAUUUCCUUUAAACAUCUACAUUAUUAUUUUACUACAAAUAUUGAGAAAAUUUAAAUUAUAUAUUUUUUUAAAUACGUUUUUGGGAUUUUGAAAGACCGAAUUAAUGCGCCACUUGUUUAAAAGUUAUCUUUGCAAUUCGUAUUUAAUAUAUUUGAAAUAUGUGAGCUUUACUUUUAAAGUUUCUUAAAUUUUUAUAUAAUCAAAAGUCCAAGUACUUCUCUUUUUUUUUUCAAACUCAGAUUUUGGGUUUUUGAAAGACAGAAUUAAUGCGCCCCUCUUUUAAAUGUUUUUUUGCAAUUAGUAUCUAAUAUAUUUCAAAUACGUUAGCUUUACCUUUAAGUUUCUUAAGUUCUUAUAAAAUCAAAAGUCAAAGUACUUCCAACGAUAUUCAUAUCGAAUAUGUAUAAUAUGCAGGAAAAACUUUAUAUAAUUUAAGACUUUUAUAUAUAAUUAAUUUAAGCCAAAAAUUAUCAUUAAAAUAGUUGCAUAAGUAAACAAUUGCACUUUUACUUACAAAACUCAGAAACCUUGCGUGCGUACAGGUUAAAUUUGUAUAACUAUGAUAAGUGGAAAAUAUUUUGAUGUUCAAAACUAUAUUAUAUUGUUAGCAUACACUUUAGUAUGUGGCAUAACAUAUGCUAGUCGCGUAUGAGGUCGUGUCUGUCGUAGUUUAGGAAAAACAUUUGUGGAAAUAAUCUGCCUAAUGAUAGCUUCCGAGGCUUAGCACCUGCUUGGAUCUUAGUGCAGCCUCUUCUUGAUUCCCGGACUUUACUCAGGUAACUCAUGCAGCUACAACCUGAAGGAUUUUAUACGACUCGAACGUUUCGACUACCUAAAGCCUUGAAAAUU